CACAUGUACGUCUGCUGUGGGAGGAGCCUGUGAUCGGCUACAGUCAGUGACACGUAAGAAUCCUGCGUGAUUUCUGGGGAAGAAAAACAGAGCGUUAAUUCAGCGUGAAGGCGGCUUGUUUGCGUUGGGCUUAAUGUGUGGUUGAUCCCAGGAACGGGGGGUCCGCUGGACAGUAUUGUGGUCGAAGAAGGAGCGACUCGAACGCGUCGGGAAAGAUGCGAUUUUCAAUGCUGGUGUCAUUCCUUAGGCCCAUCGGGCCGGUGGUUAUAGGCAUCUCUUUAGGCUUUACCUUGAGUUUGUUGAGCGUCAGUUGGGUGGACGAAUCGUGUAAUUUCGAAGGUAAAGACAGUGAAGAUGUUAGUUUCCCUCCAGAUGGUACACUGAAAGGUGCCCGCAAACCUAGUUCGAUAUCGACAAACAACGAUGUGGACUCGGAGGACGAUUUUGAGCCAAGGAUCGUCCCAUAUAAACAAGUUCAAGAAAGUUCUAACAAGAAACUUUUUAGAGCCAAGUACAUCAGCUCGGAGCUGGGCAUGCGAGAGCGUCUGUUCGUGGGCGUGCUGACCUCCAAGGUCACCCUCAACACCCUGGCCGUGGCGGUCAACCACACCAUCGGCCACCACCUGGACCACGUGGUGUUCUUCACCGGCACGCACCAGCGCAAGGUGCCGCACGGCAUGGCGGUGGUGACUCACGGCGACGAGCGUCCCGUCUGGAACAUGUACCAGACGCUCCGCCACGUGGUGGACCACGCGCUGGAGGGCUACGACUGGUUCUACCUGGUGCAGGACGACGCCUACACCCAGGCGGACCGCGUCAAGGCCCUGGUGGAGCACCUGAGCAUCGAGCGCCGGCUCUACAUGGGCGCGCCCCAGGAGUUCAUCGGCGACGGGGAGAGAGCGGAGGGCAGCUACUGCGCGGGGGGCUUCGGGUACCUGCUGUCCCGCACGCUGCUCCUGCGGCUGCAGCCCUUCCUGGAGAACUGCCGCAACGACAUCCUGAGCUCCAGGCCCGACGAGUGGCUGGGGCGCUGCAUCGUGGACUACACCGGGACCGGCUGCGUGGGCGAGCACGAGGGAUUGGAAUACUCACAUUACAAGUUGGACAAGAACUCAGAUCCAUACCAAGAGGGUAACGAGCAGUGCAAGAACGCCCUGACCGUCCACCCGGUGUCCGACCCAGAGCAGAUGUACCGCCUGCACAGGCACUUCACCGAGCUUGAGCUGCAGAGGACCUACAACGAGAUCGCUAAGCUGCAGGAAGAGAUAAAGAACGUGAGUGUGGUGGCCUUUGACGGAAACCGCACUUCUCAGUGGCCGGUCGGGAUCACUCCGCCCUUCGACCCCAAGAGCCGCUUCGAGGUCCUGCGUUGGGAGUACUUCACCGAGGAGCACAUCUUCUCGUGCGCGGACGGCGCCCCCAAGUGUGAGCUGCGGGGCGUCGACCGCGCCGACGUGGCGGACGUCAUCAGCGUGGCCCUGGACCGGCUCAACGACAAGUACAAGCCCGUCCUGCGGCUGACGAAGCAGCAGCUGAUCAACGGCUACCGGCGCUUCGACCCCACCCGGGGCAUGGAGUACACCCUGGACCUGCAGCUGGAGGCGGUCAACCAGAAGGGCCACAGCCGCUCGCUGGCCAAGCGGGUGCACCUGGUGCGGCCCCUGAGCCACAUCGAGAUCAUCCCCAUGCCUUACGUCACAGAGGCCACCCGGGUGCACGUCAUCAUCCCGCUGACGCUGCAGGACCGCGGCCACGUCGACCGCUUCCUGGAGGGCUUCGCCGCAGGCGCCUUCGAGACCAGCGAGAACGCCGUGCUGACCUUCCUGUUCAUCUACGACCCUCUGGAGGCGCAGCAGGUCAGCCAGAACGACAUCUUCGCCGGCGUCAAGGCGCAGAUCGCCGUCUACGAGCGCAAGUACCCCGCCGUCAAGAUCCCGUGGAUCAGCGUGAAGACGGAGACGCCGUCCCAGCUCAAGUUCAUGGACAUCAUCUCCAAGAAGCACCCGGUGGACACGCUGUUCUUCCUGGCCGAGGUCAACACCAACGUCAACACGGAGUUCCUGAACCGCUGCCGCAUGAACUCCAUCAACAACUGGCAGGUGUUCUUCCCCGUCCACUUCCAGGACUUCCACCCGGCCGUGGCCAGCCCAGACCGGCGGGCGACGGCCCAGGCCAACGGCGCGCCGGGCAACCUGGCGAGGGAGGAGGGCCGCUUCGACCACGGCGCCUUCGACGAGGCGUGCUUCUACAACGCCGACUACAUGGCCACGCGCGCCCGCAUGUCGGCCGACGUCCAGGAGAACGAGGAGCUGCUGGAGUCGCUGGACGUCUACGACAUGUUCGUCAAGUACUCGUUGCUGCACGUGUUCCGGGCGCUGGAGCCGGCGCUGCGGCAGCGGCACCGCGAGCAGCCGUGCAACCCGCGCCUCAGCGAGGACAUCUACCACCGCUGCCUGCAGAGCAGCCUGGAGGGGCUGGGCUCCCGUUCGCAGCUCGCCAUGCUGCUCUUUGAGCAGGAGCACGGGAACAGCACUUGAAAAAACACACCGUGUUCGUGAUAGAAACCCCCUCCCCAAUCCCGAGUGUGUAUGAAUGUGAGGUAUUUUGUUUUUAACACGAGUGAGGGGGGGGAAAUUAAAUGCAGUACAUUCCUAAUGAUAUAUUUUCACCUGAUGUUUACAA